CCGCCCCCUCCCCUCCCCCGCGCCGAGAACUGGGUGCCGCGGCUGCUGCGGCGGCGGGUCGUUGUCGCCAUGAGCUCCCCGUGGGACGAGCUGACGCUCGCCUUCUCCCGCACGUCCAUGUUCCCGUUCUUCGACAUCGCGCACUACCUGGUGUCUCUCAUGUCGCUGAAGAAUCAGCCGGGCGCGAUAGACGUAGCAUGGAGGAAUCCCUUGUCCAGUUGGUUUACUGCCAUGCUGCACUGCUUUGGGGGAGGAAUUCUAUCCUGCGUGCUCCUUGCUGAGCCUCCACUGAGGUUUCUAGCAAACACCACGAAUGUGCUGCUGGCAUCUUCAAUCUGGUAUAUCAUAUUUUUUUGCCCAUGCGACCUAGUUUCCCGUGGCUAUUCUUACCUCCCUGUCCAACUGCUGGCUGCAGGAAUGAAGGAAGUGACCAGAACGUGGAAAAUAGUAGGUGGAGUCACACAUGCUUAUAGCUAUUACAAAAAUGGCUGGAUAGUCAUGAUAGCUAUUGGAUGGGCCCGAGGUGCAGGUGGCGGUGUUAUUACGAAUUUUGAGCAGUUGGUAAAAGGAGCCUGGAAACCCCAAGCGGAUGAGUGGCUGAAGAUGUCCUACCCUGCCAAGAUAACCCUGCUGGGGUCAGUCAUCUUCACUUUCCAGCAAACCAAGUAUCUGGGAAUAACAAAGCACAACCUCAUGUUCUUUUACACCAUGUUUCUUGUAGCCACAAAGGUAGCCAUGAUGGUGACAGACACUCCCGUCAUGUCGCUCGGUCCCGUGGAGGAUACUCUGAGUCGGAUGCUCUUUGGCUGGCAGCAGCAUUUUUCAUCUUGUGAGAAGAAACACGAAACGAAACCCUCCGCGAACGGUGCCAGUUCAUCGACCUCAAAAAACACAGCUGAUGCCUCAGAGGGCGAAACAAAGAAACAGGCCAAGAAAACGGAGUGAAUGGGUCGGAUGAGCUUCAGAAGGCAGAAAAGUGUUUUUUCUUACCGACCUGUCCGAUUGGCAUUAACUAUUUCUAUGUGAAUGAUGUGAAAUAAAGAAGAUGACUUAUAAGGCAUGGAGGUGAGAACAAGACAGAGCUCCUCUGUGUUCCAGGGAGCCAGUUCCUGUCUGCAGUGAAGUUCUUGAGUGUUCAGAGGUAUCAUGUACUGGUUGUUUUCUAAGUUACACCGAAAAGAUUCUAUUGUCACUGUUUUUACAACUUUAUAUUUAUAAAAAGUCUAGACUUUUUCAAAGAUAAUUUCCUGUUUAAUUUUGAGCACUUAUUAAAAAUAAGUUGAUGUUAUGGAUGAGAACUAAUGACUAGUUUAUAUUUCAGAUAUAGAUACUGUAUUUUUUUUCUCACAUUAAAUUACAUAUCUGAAAUUUAA